AUGUCGCUCGCCGCUGGGCGCCGGAAGAUCCUUAUGGAUCUUCUCUUCCUCGCCGCCGCCCAAGUCUCGCUGUACUACUUUAUGAAAUGGGUCAUCAACUACCGCGACCCCGACCGCGAGCGCAAGGAGCAGAUCAAGAAGAAGUCCAACGCAAUCCUGCGCCGCCUCGACCAGAAUAACGACAAAAAGGGGGGCGGCCGGCUGGACAAGCUUGUGCUGAGCUCGUACGAGAAGACGAUCCUCACCGAGGUCGUCGCGCCGGAGGAUAUCCAUAUCAGCUUUCAGGAUAUUGGCGGGCUGGAGAACAUCAUUGAGGAGUUGAGGGAGAGUGUGAUCUAUCCUCUGACUACACCGCACCUCUACUCCGCCACCUCAUCGCUCCUCUCCGCCCCCAAGGGUGUCCUCCUCUACGGGCCCCCCGGCUGCGGCAAAACCAUGCUCGCCAAAGCCCUCGCCCACGAGUCGGGCGCCUGCUUCAUCAACCUCCACAUCAGCACACUGACGGAGAAGUGGUACGGCGACUCCAACAAGCUCGUCUCGGCGGUGUUCACGCUCGCGCGCAAGCUGCAGCCCACCAUCGUCUUCAUCGACGAGAUUGACGCCGUGCUGCGCUCGCGCAGCAGCCAGGACCACGAGGCGAGCACCAUGGUCAAGGCCGAGUUCAUGACGCACUGGGACGGGCUGCUCUCGGCCAGCCCGACAACGGGCGCCGCGAGCCAGAUCCUCAUCCUCGGCGCCACCAACAGAAUCCAGGAUAUCGACGAGGCGAUCCUGCGGCGGCUGCCGAAGAAGUUUCCCAUCAACCUGCCGGACGCGACGCAGCGCCGGCGCAUCUUGACGCUCAUACUGCGGGAUACGAAGUUGGCGGAGGGGUUCAGGUUUGAUGAGCUUGUUGCGCGGACGGCGGGGAUGAGCGGCAGUGAUUUGACGGAGGCGUGUCGCGACGCGGCGAUGGUGCCGAUUAGGGAGUAUAUCCGCACGUUUGCGGGGAGGAAGCUCGAGGGGGUGAAUAGGGACGAUGUGAGGGGGGUUGUGAAUGAGGACUUUUUCAGGCGGGGGAGUGGCGGGAGGAGGCCGGUGGAGGAGGAGCUGGCGGGACUGGGGAAGGUCAUUAUGGAGGUGAAUGAGAGGAUUGAGGAGUUUGAGGCGGGCGAGAGGGUCGAUUAA